AUGCAUACAUAUGAUAUUACUGCAGAAAUUUUGACUCCAAGGUUCUUGGAAGCUUGUAGAAGAGAAGGCUUUCAUGAAAACGAACUUAUAAGGAAAACUAAAGCAUAAGUCGUUUAAAUGGUAAAAUCAAAAGAUCCAUCUCUUACAGAUGAUUUUAUUUGCGAGAUUGAAAAGCAUUUGGAAGAAAAACGAAAAUAAAAGAUAGAUUUAGUGAGAGCAUAAAGAUAAAAAAUACUUUAAGAAAAUGGACCUAGAAGUAAGAGUACACAUAAUUAAUCCUAAUUAAAUUUUAGUUCAAUUAGCUACGCAGAAAAACAAUCAAAAAUAUUAGAGACUAUUAAAAGAAGGUAAUAAAUAGAAAUUGAUAAAAUGAUUGAGCAAGAACAACUUAAAGAAUAAUAAGAAAAGGAUAUGCAAUAGAAAUUACUUAAAUAAGCAAUUUAAAGAGCAACAAUUUUAAGAGGAAUUAAAAAGGAGACGGGAGUAUAAUGA